AUGGCGGGCAAAGGUGGCAUGUGGGUAUUCUACUUCCUCCAGGGCGAGGACGGAGACUCCGUGGAGAACCCAAACGCUUUCAAUAUAAUGGGCGCCGUGAGCGAGGUUCGCCUGGGCCAGUUUCUUCAGGCGUUUCCCCUCCGGGGACACGGGGGCCAAUAUCACUUCCGCUUCCGGGCGCCGGACCAGGUGUCGGGCUACUGCUGGAUGGAUGUGAGCGACCCAUCCGCGGUGCUCCCCCGCUACGGCAACGUCAUCUGCGCGAAGGCCCUCCGGUUAGAUCGCCUCCCAAAGCCGCGAUCAUCACGCCUCAGGAGAAAGAUGCCGUAUGCGGCGGGGGCGGCGACGACUUCGGGCGGCGAUCACUUGAGGGCGAGCGGUGGCGCGAACUCCCGGUUCACGGAAGAGGCACAUCGGCGGCGCUCGGCGCAGGACUACCCUGGCAACGCCCGACAUCACGGCGGGCAGCCUCAGCAGCCUCAGCAGCCUCGGCAGCAGCAGCAGUGGUCCAACCAAGGGAGACCCCGUAGCGUCUCCCCCGCCCACGGUCACCAGAUCCACCACGAUGACGUCAACAAGGGAAAGAGCGUGACUCCGCCCCCAAGCCACGGUGGCGGGGGCAGCAAGGGGGCCCCAAUGAGCAGAGGCCCUCCCCCGCAAUCCCCACCGCCUCCACCGCCGGAAAACCUGGAAGAGUUUUUGUUUUCGGACUCGCCCACGGGGUCCCCGCGAGCGAGCCCGCGCGCCCAGGGGGGGGGUAUCGCGCAUUCUUCUACCCCUCGAGGCGGGGGUAGCAAUAGCGGCAGCAACAACAGCAAGGACAGGGAGGCAGGGGGCGAGGGAAGGUCCGGGGAGGAUCUCCUUAACUUUGGCAACGACUCCGGGGGUGGUCGCCCGAAGCAGGCGCCGGAGCCCUCCCCCCGGCCAACCACUAACGGCGGCCGUAGCCCGGUGCCGGCCGGGUGGGGCAACCGUCCCGCGGCGGCGCGCGGCAGCCCCGUUGCUGGCGGCGCAGGGAGCAGCAACGGCGGUGCUUCUCCGCAGGGUCGUAAAUCGACCGCGGGGCGCAUGCAGGGGGCGGCGGCGGGGCGGACGAACGGCGGCGGGUCGCGGGGGCCGACCGGUGCACCCGUUAACAACGGGCGGAGCAACAGCGGGGGCAAGAGCGUGAGCGGGGCGGGCGGCGGCGCAGGGGCGACGGGCCCCCCUGGUUUUCUGAUGAACUUUAACAGCCCGAGAGCGGGGGGUGGCGCUGCCGCCGCUGGGGCAGGGGGACAGUCGGCCUACGUGAAGACUAAGGUGCAGGAGAGGGAGGAGGAGCUGAAGGCGAACGUGGAGAAGGCGCUGGAGUUCAAGAAGGGUAUCGAUGAGGCUGCCUCUAAGGACCAAGACGCCAUGGACGCGGCGAAAGUGAAGCACGACGCGAAGCUCACGUCCUGGGCGGAGGACCACGGCAAGAAGAGGAACGUCAGGACGCUCUUGUCCACCAUGCACUUGGUGCUGUGGGAAGGGAACCGCUGGAAGUCGGUGUCGAUGGGCGACAUCAUCCAGCCCUCGAAGGUGAAGCUGUCCUACCGGAAGGCGAUGCUCCUCGUGCACCCGGACAAGUGCGGCUCGCUGGGACCGGAGGAGCGCUUGAUCGCCAAGCGAGUUUUCGAGGCGGUCAAUGAGGCCUACACCCUCUUCCAGGAGAAGGAGAUGAGCUAGGAGAGCGGGAGGCGAAGGGAGAUGAGCUGAGGAGAGCAGCAGCCCAAAAGGAGAGCAGCAGCCCAAAAGGAGAGCAGCAGCGGAGGGAGAUGAGCUAGCGAGGAGAGCAGCAGUUCGCGAUGCGAGGCGGGCGACCGAUCGGCUACUUACCGCAGGCUGCAUUAUAAGAUAGCAUACCCCUGCUGGAACGGGGUGACGGUGGUGCCGGAGAUGGAUGAUGCGUUGGAACCGUCUUGUCUUGUGGCGGACUCCUCGGAAACGUGAUCAUUUGAUUGCGUCAUCCUGUUUGUCGGAGAGUGAUCGAGCUGAGCUUUGACAUUCGGUUGGUCCAGUGCCGUGCGUGCAUCGUCUUUUGCCGACGAGGGAGGAGUAGAUGAGUUUAUCCCAGGAGCGGCAUGUAUACUAAUCAAGACGCCCUUGGUACACCAGAGCGCUCUUCCUUGUUUAGCGGUUGAUGUUUUGAUCGUUUGUCGAUGUUCCCGUCUGUAUGGUUGGUUUUUGCGAGCUUAUGAUGCUCGUGCGAUUUUGUCAAUUUUCAACUCGUGGGGACGCUUGAAUUCUUUUCUUCGAAAUUUUUGUCAAUGGGCGGAGGGAACAGGCCGGUGGACCAAAAGGGCCUACGUCCCCAACCGGCACAUGUGCGUACGAUCCACUACACGCGCGCAUUUCCAUACGCGGAUGAGUGAACAAGUCGACACAAGCGCGUCGCGUUUGCCGUCGCCCCUAACCAGUCGGC